GAGCGGCUAUCUGCGGGUUUGGGUUUGCGGGGAAGAUGGAAUAUCCCGCGUUGGGCGCGGUGGAGGCCACGGACAGCGGAGGGGCCCGGCCCUAUAACAGCUCCGAGGAACUGGAGGGUCGGGAACCGGACGCGCUGCGAUUCGACCGCGAGAGGGCGUGCCGCCUGUGGGAAGCCGUGUCUGGGGCCCAGCCAGUGGGGAGGGAAGAAGUGGAGCACAUGAUCCAGAGGAACCAGUGUCUCUUCACCAACACCCAGUGUAAGGUGUGCUGCGCCUUGCUCAUUUCGGAGUCCCAGAAGCUGGCUCACUACCAGAGCAAAAAACAUGCCAACAAAGUGAAGAGAUACCUAGCAAUCCAUGGAAUGGAGACAUUAAAGGGGGAAACGAAGAAGCUAGACUCAGAUCAGAAGAGCAGCAGAAGCAAAGACAAGAACCAGUGCUGCCCCAUCUGUAACAUGACCUUUUCCUCCCCUGUCGUGGCCCAGUCGCACUACCUGGGGAAGACCCACGCAAAGAACUUAAAGCUGAAGCAGCAAUCCACUAAGGUGGAAGCUCUGUCGAAACGCCUUACAAACCCUUUCCUUGUGGCCUCCACCUUAGCCUCGCACCAGAAUAGAGAGAUGAUAGACCCAGACAAGUUCUGCAGCCUCUGCCACGCGACUUUCAACGACCCUGUCAUGGCCCAACAACACUAUGUGGGCAAGAAACACAGGAAACAGGAGACCAAGCUCAAGCUCAUGGCACACUAUGGGCGGCUGGCAGACCCUGCUGUCGCCGACUCAUCAGCCGGGAAGGGCUACCCGUGCAAGACGUGUAAGAUCGUGCUGAACUCCAUAGAACAGUACCAAGCUCAUGUCAGCGGCUUCAAACACAAGAACCAGUCACCAAAAACGGCAUCCUCACCCCUGGGCCAGAUCCCAACGCAAAGACGACCCGCUCAGAGAGACUCAACUACCUUGGAAGACUAGAGGUGCUUCCGCCCAGCACCGCAGGUCGAAGCGGCAGGAGCCAGCCUCCCCGUGCCGUGCCCGUGCCGGUGGUCAGCCCUUGGCUCCCUCUCCCCCCUUUCUGGCCCAGCCCGAGGCAGGAGUGGGCCGCAGGCAGCCUCUCAGCGGCCCGGGCACAUGCGCCCCCUUGGAGCGGGCCCUGAGGGUCAGGGCAAGGGAAGCAGGGCCCAGAAGGACGUGGGCGCUCACAGGGUGGCGGCUGGGGCGUGGCCUCUCCCCUUCCCCAGCCCCCCUGGGCCGUGCGCCCUGAGGCUCCAGGCCUGUGCUCCCUGCAGGUCACUUUCAGACCAGUCCUCGCAGCUAAACCUCUGAGCUCGCCCGGGCCCCAGGCCUCUCCUGCGAAACCAGCACUCCCAUGCCUUGGCCUAGACAGGGAAGGGCAGAUGACCGCAGCUGCCGUGUGGAAGCUUUGAGCUAGUGUGACGCUCCCCUCCCCGCAAGAAGCGCAGGCUUGCUAAGCCUGGGACCAGAUGCUGGCUGUCGUACAGGCUGCUGCCCACAGCGAAGUCCGCUCCCAGUCAUGCCACUGUCCGGCGGGGCGCUGCUGUCCCUUUCCCCUUCUCCACAGUCCCUGAAUGGUGCUAAGGACCCACGGCAGCUGGGGACAAACCAGAGCUGGAGGAGACCUCCGCACCCAGAGGGAGGGGGCAAGGCUCCAGGGCGUUUUCCUUCCUCCGUCAGAGGCGCCCUGACCUGGGGCAGCUGGAAAGCCCCCACAGGGGAGUUCGCUUGAUGGUUCUGCACCCUUAAAGGCAGGCUGCCCGGGCCAGCAGCCUGCAGGCCCUCCCUGGCCUGUCCUUGCCCACGUGCGGCAGACCUCCUGCCCAGGCGGCCGCGGUGCUAGCCUCCCCCAGCCCCUCCACGAGAGUCCUGGGUCCAGGGCGUGGGACGGGGCCCCGGGAAAGACGGGCUGGGGCAGGUGUCGUGGUGAGGGGCCAGAUGCCACCCAGGCACCUCCAAUGCCGCCCUAUGUUACGGCCGCAAGUUCACGAGGAGUGUACUUUCCCUGUGUCUUUCAAGCAGCAAUCCUAGGGAGCGGCUCCACCCAAGACCCCCUUCGCUGGGUCGGAGAAGCCCCUGGCUGCUGUGAUGGCCUCGCCCCCCAUGCCUUGCCCCUCGCCUGUGAAAUGCCUUCAGUGUCCUCUGUGGGUGUGUGGGUGUAUGCUUCUGCUCUGUCUCUUGGUCACUGAAGCAUCUAAAUAAAGAAUUUCUCAGCCCUGGCCGGGUAGCUCAGUCAGUUAGAGCGUGGUCCCAUACGCCUAGGCUGCGACUUCAGUCC